AUGAUAAAAGAAGAAUGUAAAAUGAAGAAUUGUUUAAACGAAUCCGUAACGGAAACGCCAUUUUUAACAGUACAUUGGCUUGAAAAUGAAGCAAUUGCAGGUUUUAGAGUUUGGCAAAUAAUGUUUUUAUGUUUGGCUGGAAUAUUAACACUUACAAUCAUACUCUGUUGUUGCAUUAGAUUUAGAAUACCAAGAACAAAACAAGAAAUAGAAGCUGAUUUCAUAAGGAAAAAAAUAACAAAAAAAUUUCGUAAAAGAUUAAGAAUGAUACAUAAUUCUGACAUGGAUGAAAUGGAUUUGAAAAGAGCUUUGGAUAGAGUAAGAGCAGAAUUUAAAUCCGAUACUGAAAGUUUAGCACAAUCGGAUGUUUUAUCACAAGCCACGUUAAAUUCUGGAAAUUAUUAUUCUUGUAACGUGAAAGAAGAUUAUGAUGUUGAUAAUAAAAUAAAUGAUUAUUCAAAUUCUUUAAAAAAAAAACAAGAUGGAGGAGAAAAUGGCAGAAGAGAGAGUAAUUUAGGUAUAUAUAUAGAAAAUGGCGAAUAUCCAUUGAUGAAAUUAUGGAAAAAGAAAGAACAAAAUCAUCAAGCAGAAAAUUUUCAACAUUUGCAGGAUUGUUAA